UUUCGUCUUCUCCUCAACUCAUAACAAGAGAAAUGAAACAAAUGAUAAUACUAUUACUUCUGUUUGUCUCCGCUUUUGGAGCUAAACUGAAUCAGUACCUUCCUCCUAGACCAGAAGCUGACAACAUUCAAUUCCAGCCACCAGCACUACCGAAUUCCGCAAAUCAAUUUGGAGCUUCCAAAGUAUCCGGACAAUCAACGGGUUCGUUUGGACAAUUUCCUCAAAAACAACAAACUGGUACAUUCGGACAGACUAACGUUAAUACUGUUUCGGAACAAUCUGGACAAAUUUCUACUCCAUUUGGUUUCAAUACAGAAAAUUUACAAUCUCAAAGCCCCAGUUUGAGCUCCAAUGGGUACAAACAAGACGAAAGUUUAGGAUCCAAAUUUGAACCACAAAACACCAACUCAUUUGAACAAUUUUCUAAUCAAAGACAAGAUAAUUCUGUAGUACCAUCUGCUAACGGUUUGAGUCAACCAGCUGGUGUGUUCAAUGGACAUUUUACCAGUAGUACUGGACCUCAAUUAGCUCCAAUUGGUAUAAUCAGAUCAGAAAUCAACCCAGAUGCUGGUGAUGGACAUUACAGUUACCUGUACGAAACAGAAAAUGGUAUUACUGCUCAAGAAGAAGGUUUUGAAACAAACAACGGAAAAUCUGCUCAAGGCAGCUUCUCUUAUACAUCACCAGAAGGUGAAAUAAUUACUUUGGAAUAUACCGCCGAUGCAAACGGAUUUGUUCCUAGAGGAUCCCACGUACCUGAGAUUCCUGAAGCUAUUGCAAGGUCUAUUGAACUAAAUAAAGCUGCUGAAGCUCGAGGAGAAUAUAACGAAGGUUCCUAUAGAGAUGAAUACAAUGAUGAAUCUAAUGGAAACAAAGAAAACGCUCAAUUGAACUCAGUACAAGAUCCUAACGCUUAUGGAUACCAAAAAUCUGAACUUACUAGAAACAAUAAUUUCUCUAACCAAGGUACUUUGACUGCUGAAGGAAAUAAUCAAAUUUCUCCUUUUGGACAACAAAAUAAAGUCAUUUCUUCAAUUAAUGGAGUGCCGAAAACAUUUGGUCAGCAAAAUUACGAAUCUCUUACACCUUUCGAGCAAAAAGGAACCCAACAAUUACUAUUUCCUUUUGGACAACAAAAUAAUGGACCUAAAACCUCUUUUGAGCAAAACAGCAAGCAACUAAAUCCAUUUGGGCAACAAAAUAACGUUCCUUCAACUUCUUUUGUAUCUCAAAAUGAAGCUCCAUCUAGUUAUUAUGGUAAUAAUUAUAAUACACGCACUUUAGGACAACAAAAGAAUGAACCUGAAAUAUCUUUUGAACGAAACAACAACGAUUACCAAUAUUCGACAGCUGGUAAUACCAAAGUUGGUGAACAACAAUUAACUCCAUUUGGACAACAAAACAACGCUCCUUCCACUUCUUUUGCAUCUCAAAAUAAUGAACCUGAAAUAUCAAACAAAUUUGCUCCUAACUAUGAAGCUUCAGGAAUAACAUUUUCAGCAAAUAACUUCAGCUUGCAGAAAAACGGACCUAAAAGACCUUCUGGACAAUAUGAAGGAACUGUUCAAGAUAACCAAGGUGGAUAUAAAUAUUAAGAAAAAAAAAUGUUCUUCUUAUGUAUAAUUUUUUUAUUUAUAAUUAUUCUGAAUGUGUGAAUAAAUAUCUAAUUUAAAUUUA